CAAAAAAGAAGUGAUCUCAUGUCCCUCAAACUCUUCUCUUUGAAAUCUCUUGUUGAGAGAGGAAAGACUCAAGAAAGCACAGAUGAAUUAGCUAUUGUGAAAGCAGCUGCAUGGGCAUGGUACCAACAUGGUUCAGGCUAUGAAGGAAAGGGUAAGAGUGAGGUUGACGUUACAAGAACUCAACGUGUAUCUAGGCCUUCUCGUUACAAGUUAGAAGCUAUGAGAAUGGCUAAGGAAGGACCCUCAAUUCAAUCCAAUAAAUCUCUUCUUGACACCUAUGAAGUUCAAAGCAUUUCAAGGCAAAUGGAUAGGCUUAUAGAGUCUGGCCACAACAUUUCAACCAACAAGAAUGCUGGUGUGGAUAAUGGUAAUAGAAGAAUGAAGAAUAAGAAGAGGAUAAGUAAAGGGUUUUGGUCAACACAUGCUUUUGUAUGUGGCAGAGGGAAUGAUGAGGUGGAUGGCACUGCUUUGUUAGCCAAACGUGUACCUGUAGUUAAUCUGGUAAAGUGUUUGCCAAGGAAUAAUAGAGCUUUGUGUUCAUGAUCAUUAUCUGUUUUGUUUUCCAACACUUGGUUCUAGUUUGGUGAUCGGCAUGUAUCUCAAUUGCAUGU